CGGGGCGAGGCGCGGCGGCUGCCAUUGCUCGGCUGCGCGGCCGCCUCCUCCCCCUCCGCCUCUUCCUGGCCGCGGCGAGAGGAGCCGCGCUGGCAGCGGGGAGGCGGCGGCGCCCAGCUCCCUGCCUGCCAUGGCGAUCCGCAAGAAGAGCAACAAGAACCCGCCGGUGCUGAGCCACGAGUUCAUCGUGCAGAACCACGCGGACAUCGUGUCCUGCAUGGCCAUGAUCUUCCUGCUGGGGCUCAUGUUCGAGAUCACAGCAAAAGCAGCUGUUAUUUUUGUUACACUUCAGUAUAAUGUUACCAUUCCUGCCACAGAAGAACAAUCUGCAGAAACAAUCUCUCUCUAUCACUACGGCAUCAAAGACUUGGCUACAAUUUUCUUCUACAUGCUUGUAGCAAUAAUCAUACAUGCAAUAAUUCAGGAGUACGUACUGGAUAAAAUCAACAGGAAAAUGCACUUUUCAAAAACAAAGCACAGCAAGUUCAAUGAAUCUGGGCAACUUAGUGCAUUCUACCUUUUCUCCUGUGUUUGGGGAACAAGUAUUCUUGUCUCUGAGAACUAUAUAUCAGAUCCAACCUCUCUGUGGAGGGACUAUCCACACACGCUGAUUCCGUUUCAAAUGAAGUUUUUCUACAUCUUACAGUUGGCUUACUGGUUUCAUGCUUUUCCGGAAUUGUACUUCCAGAAAACUAAAAAAGAAGAUAUCUUUCGCCAGAUUGUCUACAUUGGACUUUAUCUCUUUCAUAUUGCUGGAGCCUAUCUCUUGAAUCUGACCCAUCUUGGACUUGUUCUUCUGGUAUUGCAUUACUUCGUUGAAUUUCUUUUCCACAUAUCUCGUCUUUUCUACUUCAGUGAUGAAAGAUAUCAGAAAGGAUUUUCACUCUGGGCAGUUCUUUUUGUUUUGGCGAGGCUUCUAACGUUGAUUCUCUCAGUCCUCACUUUUGGCUUUGGACUAGCAAGAGCAGAAGAUCAGCAGCUGAAUUUCAGUACUGGAAACUUUAAUAUCCUGGCUGUUAGAAUCAGUGUGCUGGCCUCCAUCUGCAUGGCUCAGGCAUUUAUGAUGUGGAAGUUCAUUAAUUUCCAGCUUCGGAGGUGGAGAGAGCAUUCUUCUUCUCAGCCACAGUCAGUGAAAAAGAAGUUCGUAACAGCUAAAGGAAAGACCAACAGAAAAGAAAGAGAAAAUGGAGUAAAUGGAACAGUGACCUCAAAUGGAGCAGACUCGCCUCGUAGCAGGAAGGAUAAAUCCUCGUAAAACUGGGUUUUAUUAAGUUAAUUGACUAAUGUCCCCAAAGAAUCUGCUUUUUACAUGGAUGGCCCUGCAGCAGUAGAAAUGUUAUGGAUUAAAGAAAAUACAACUCAUGCUUUUUGAUUAUUGCUGUUGUUUUGAGAAACUUUUUUUAAAAGCCAUUUUGACUAUGGAAAAAAGUUUAUCUGUCUUCAAAUAUUGGGGGGGUGCAACACUUUUUAGAUAACAUUGACACUUUUUUAAACACUUAUUGUGAUGAAAUAACUUCACUUAAUGAAGAACGCUGUUGCAAUGUAUUAUUUCCUUCCAGUUUUUGUAAUCUGGGUGAUAUAUACUGUUCUACCAACUUGAGUUUUCCAAGUUCUUCAAGAAGUAUUACGAAAUUGAAGUAAAAACAUAGUAUGCAUUUUCAGAUACUCUGACUUUUCGGUUAAUUACCGUGAUUCAAAUUUACAGUUCAAAAUGGGAUUCUAAGACCACACCGAUAAACCUCUUUAUUUUGUGAUUAUUAGCUACAUAAUGUCUGCUCAAAGAAUUGCCCCAUAUCAUUAAAACAAAACUGAACUAAUUGGAAAUGUUGCAGAGUCUUAUUGUUUGUUGGUUAGAAAUCUCUUGCAAGAAACAAAAAAUGUUUUUGAGAUAUAGCUUUAGCACUUGAAAAUUAGAAGGAGGUGUGUAUGGUCAUAGAAAGAGUUGAUUUGAGUAGCACUGUUAACUCCUGUCUGUGCUUUUAAAAGUGUACAUAUCUUGGAAAAUUAGUGUGUGUUGGACCUUCUUUGAAAACUUGUGUGUCUGAUUUUGGAAGGGUGAAGGUUCUUGCAAUGUGUUGUGAUUGUUUUAGGAGGCAUUUAAUGCUCCAUGAAGAGGGAAUGUGUUAGAUAAAUGGAUCAAGUCAUAAGAAACAUUCCUUUAUUCUAACUGCUUUGCUUUGUUUCACCUCUGUUAGAAAAUAGUUUGAUUUCUCCUAUAUAUAUUUUUAUGAAAAAUAUUUAAAAGCUACAACUUCUUAAAUUUAUUGAUUAUGCCCUUUGCUACAACUGGAAAAAUCUUAAUUUAAGAUUUUUUCCAUUAUCCGUCUUUCAUAAUUGUAUUAAAUGUGAAGCUUUGUCCAGUUAAUUUUCCAGUUUAAUAUGCAGUUAGUGUUUCCUCUGUACCCUUUUGUAGUGGGUAUAGUUCAACCUAUUUCACUUGAGAGGAUGAGUUGGAGAUUUAAUUCAGUCUUAAGAAGUUGCUAAAUUAGUCUUCCAAGUUAAACCAAGUGUUGGACUGCUUAUUGAUUGAGAGGAGUAAUUAUGAGCAAUCAAGCUGAUUAAAUAGUUUUAAUUAAAACCUAUCAUUAUAGUGGUGUUCAUACCAACCAAAACAAUAAAUCUGCAUUCUGUGUCUUCUACAGUUCAGUUGCUAUAUGGAAUAAACAUUUCUAUUACAAAAUCUUGAUUGUAAGUAACUACCCAUAUUUUCAAACAUUUAGUGCUAUUUAGACUUAUUGCAGUGUAAUUUAUUACAUGUUUUGGCUAAUUUCAGUCACCGUUCCCAAGUGCUUGCUUCACAGCUCCUGAGGUAGACUUGACAGACUUGACAGUUACUUGCUUAACCUGAGUAUCCUGGGGCAGAGUGCCCUGUAAUACGCCCUGUCUGCUUCAGUGGAAAUAGCUACUCCAUAUCUUGAUUUGAAGAAAUAAGACUCAGGUGGUGAAAAUGAAUCUCUCUCAUCUGACCAUGAAACUGGAAAAUUUGAACUCAGAAUAUUUUGAGGGAAUUAUGUACAUUAAAUACUCCCUGCAUCAUGUUUUAUGUCUGUUGCUUUACCUUCAUAGAUUCUGUGUGCCUUGCUCUCGAGUUGUACCUUAAGCUGAAAGGGGCAAACUUUUCAAGUUUCUAGUCUGGUACAUUGACUCUAAAUCAGUUUGUUUGCAAUAUCUGGUUGUCCUGAGGCUGUCAAAGUGAUGAAGGGUGGAGAAACUAAUUAUGAGUGGAGGCUUAAGUACUUCUCAAGGUCUUUAGGACUUAAUGGAGUCUGAGGGUUGUACUAGUUUUUUCCCCAAGGCAAAAUGUUUCAUGCAAACUUCAUUGUUUGGCAUAGGAGUCUUGAAAUGUAAACUCCAGGUUCAUUUUCAAAAACUUCAAAAGAAUGUAUUAUUGGCUGUUAAUUCUGAUGUUGGUUUUUGUCUCCUUUUGGCCUUAUGGACAUUCUCGGCCUUUCGACUUUGAAAAAAGCACUUUUGUUUCCACAAUGACUUAAUCUUCAUCCUUGCCUUAUAGGAGUUUUUGCUUUCUGCCAAGUCAUAGAGAAUAAUUUCAGUUGGUCUCGAAUUUGGAUAGAGUAUUGAAAACCAGUUUCUUUUGUCUCUUGUGUCAUAACUAAAAAUACGUUAAUUAUUUUGAUGAGGCAGAAACGAUAAAUUCUAAUUUUCUACCUUGGGGUGGAAACCCCUGUGGAUUUGGAAGAUUUUCAGGCUUCUAUUUCCAGUUUGACAUUACUUGUUUUGGCAUAAGAUUAUUGUUUUCUUGGAUGACUUCUUUUGAAUUGCUUAAAACUGAUUUUCAAAUGUGACUGCAUUUUGGCUUUCUUUGUAAUCUGGGAUUCAUAAGUUCGAGGAAGAUUAGUUGUCUAAUCAUGUUUUCUUAAUUAUGGAAUCAGGAAAAUUAGACAUGGAAAUGACUGAAGAGCUCAUUAUUAUACUUCUAUGCUUAAUAAAAUAAUUUUUCUUUAGGCUGUGGUAAUUUAUCCUGGUCAGUUACCAGGUCCCGCAAAGAGAAGGCUUUGUCCAUGUAGAUGGAUUUUAAUUGAGUAAUUCAUACAAACUGUGGAUAAGGCUUGUUAGAUUUGGUUUUUUUCUUAAACCUCCUCUUUCCUGCCCUAUCUAGUCAGAACUUUCCAAGGCUUAGAGCAGAUGAUUCCAAAUCUUCCCCCAAACACACGUGUAUGUUUGGUUUGCGUGCCAGGAACUACUAUCAAAACCAGUACUUCACCAAGUAAUUAUUAACUUCAAAGUACAAACAAGGAAUGCAGAGCAGCUGAAAUUAAUUUUCCAAGUUUUUGCUUUUAUCUGGACACUUUUUCCUCUUGCGUAGUUGCAAAGAUUGAUUUAUUGUGUGUGAAUUAUUCAUGAAUGGGGCUCUUUGGAAAUACUGCUUUUUGCGUGAUCCCAUGCACAAACUUAGGAAAGAUCAGGGGAUUUGCCGUGCAGAGGAAAGACAUAGGCUAUUUCUGCUGAUGUUAGAAUAUGCUGAAACUAAACUAAGUAUGUUGGGAUAAUGCAUUUGGAAAAUCAGUAGUUGUUGGUAAGCAGUCAAUUUUCCUAAAUAUUCUUUUAAUUGAAAAUUUUAGUUGUGUUAGUUAUACAGAAUUGUAAUAAGCAGCAUGGUAUUUCAGUACAAGUAAUCAAAUUUCCAUAAAAAGGGUUAAUACACAUCAGCAGUCCUCCUGCUCUUUGCAGAUUUCUGACUAGCUGCACUUGAUUUUGUAGAUGGCAAAACCUGAUGAGAGAAGGGAGUGUUUUCAUGUUCGUGCUAAGUUGAAAAUAAUGUAGGUCACUGCCAAAAUUGGGGUUCUGUCUCUUACCUUGGUUAGCACAGACCAUUUUUGGUUGCAUGGUGAGCUAGAUGAGGGAGCUGGUGUGGUAGAAAACUGGCUUGUAUGCUUAGUUGUAUUUCCACUGGACUAGUUGCCUGAUAGUAAUCCUGGAGGUACUCAAGUAUUUAUAUAUAAGCAAAAAGCAAAGAUGCAGAGAAAAGCUGAAUCGAGCUCUAAGGCAGCUACCCCUUUCACUUGUGUGUUGAAAAUCACUCUAGAUGACAGUAGCAGUUGGGAGAUCUCAUCGGAGGGCUUCUAGUCAUCAAUACCAGAAGGGAUCUGGUGUGUCUUGUUGCUCCUACAUGCCAAAUUGUUUUAACUGUUAUUUGCUUUUUGUCAGAUAUUGUAGGUGAAAGGGAGAUACUCGAUAUGCUGUAUUGUACUGAAUUACAUUUUAUUUGUUACAGUUUGGGGGUUUCCAAGCAGUGCAAGGUGAUACUGGUGGUGUAGAAAUAGGAAUUCUGAAAACGUAGUUUUUCUUGGAUUAGAAAAACAUUACUUACAUAACAGCCAGGAAACUACAGCUUUUUUGGUGUGGCGUUUUUGUGUUUAUCUCCACGUGAACCCUUUAUAUAUAGAAGUAGCUCUUCCAGAGAGCUUGGAAAGAAUUGCACUGCAUGCCUGUCCAGGUAUAUGAGGGGGGAGGAUCAGUUUCUCUCAUUUUGUUUCCUGUUUUCAAGAAGUUCACCAGCUGAUUCCUAGGUCAUACUUUGGUUUGGUUCCAUUUGUGACUCAGCUAGUUGGGUCUGUGUUGUAGAAGACAGAGACUGGCAGCUUCAAUAGGCUCCCUAUGCAGUGUUGGUCAUUGCUGUCCUAAUGGUUCUCUGUGAAAAAUGUUAAUAUUGAAGGAACAUGAACGUGAAGUAGAGGCAAUCGUGAUAUUUGUAACAUAUACGGGAUGGUGAAAGCCUGUGUGUGGAGAUCUUGCAUUCCAGGGGGCUGUGGUUUGAUGCCUGGAGGCUGUAGUAAUAGUUGUCUUGGUAUGCAAAUACUUGAAUUACUACUUGUGCAGGGUAUAACAAUGUCCCACAAAAUAAAUAUUUGUGGAAAAUUUAGGACAUCCUUUAAAAAGAAUAAGACUUCAAAGGACUGACAUCAGUUAUCUGUUUGUUGUGUUUGAAUUUCUCACAUUGUUAGUUAUGGAUUAUCUUUCAAGCACUGGAUUCACCAAUGCUUGGGGUCUUACUUAUAUACUGUAGGUUGUUGUGGUGGGUGUCUGGUGGGUAUCCCCUUUUACUACUUCCUAAACUAUUCCAUUUAAGAUCUGAUAAGCUUAGUUCUGUAUGCGUUAAGGAGUUUGGAAUGCUUCACAGAACUAAAAUAGAAGCAGUGCUGGAGUGAUUCUGGAUCAGACAUGCAAGAAAUAAGCCCAUCAAUUAUGAGUGUUAUCAGAACACCCAUAAUGCUGGGUGUUAUCAGAACCCGCUUCAUGGGAACUGAAACUCUUUAGGACGAAUAUUUUACGGUACAACUUGCAUUGCAAUGUAGUGUUUGGAUAUAGCACACACCCAGAUAGCAAGUGCCUUUCUGUCAGUGAAAUGGAACUGCUGUUGGCAUCCACAACUGUCAGUUUCCCUUCUGUAAACGAUGGGUGAAGAGUGCUGGGCUGCACCUGCAGUAGGCUUCUUUCUGCCUUUUAGAGAAGUUCUUUUGAUGUUGAUACUAUGAAAGGCAACAACUCUUAUAUCAGGUUUAAGAAAAAAUAAAACAUGCUACCUAGUUUUGAAUCCAGUGCACCUGCUCUUGAUCUCUUUCUGUCCUGUCACUUCUAUUUUAAGUUUCUGCAAAUAUUUUACUUUUAUCCAGCUCAAAGGUGGCAAAUUUGUGACAUGAGUGCCAGAAAUGACGACUCCUUUUUCUUCUUUUUGUGUUCAAAAGUUUUUGCAUAAUCAGAGCAGCUGAACUGUAGCUUCAUAAUUUGAUAACUUUUCAGUGUUUGUUCUUUCUCCUUAUUUAUUGUGAUUAACAUUACAAGUCAGGCAUGCAGCACAACACAGUUGUUACUUACUCAUUCCAAGCACAAAAGUGUUAGGAAAUUGGAUAUACUGAAGUGAAAAAAUAUAUUAGUAAGUCUUGACUGGUUUGGCAGAAAUUGGUAUUCCCAGAUUGUUUUGUUUUCUAUGUUGCAGUUCACUAUCCUUGCCUUUCUCAUUUAGGAAACUGGGCACUUAAGAUCUCUGAAUCUCUAGACUGUAGAUGCUGUAUACAGCUUGACAAAUUAUGGUCUAGAACUUGAGCUUUGUGUCUUCUUAUGUCAGUUAUACAUGUUGAAGAAUGUAUCUUGCGUUGUAAUUAACAGAUAAAAAUUCAGCCCAUGGUGAUAAGAAUACUGUAAUGGGGUAGGAAUUUCAACUCUUGAACUCCAGACUAGAAGCCAAGCCAAGACUAUCCUGUGUUCUCAUGCAGGUGAUUCCUCCUCUUUGUUUCUUGAGUAAUCAUUAUCUUUGUUUCGUUUAUUUAGAUUGUAAGUUCUUUGUGGCAAGGGUUGUCUAGUGUGUGUGUGUGUGCGCGCGCGUGCGGGUGUGUGUACCCAGGACAAUUAGGCCUGGAGCCCCAGUCUGUGGAAGCUGUAAUAAACAAUCACCUUGUUAUUGUUUUCCUGGAUAUCAUAAUAAAGAGUA